GUCCACAAGGGAAGCGGCCUCCGAGAUGAUGACGUCACGACUCAGCACCCUCCUCGUCCUCCUCGCUUCCGUCGCGCUGCUGACCAAGGCUGACCCCAAGGCUGACCCCGACCCGAAGGCUGACCCGGUAGCGAGGCCCGACGCUUUGGCUGACCCGGUAGCUGACCCGGAAGCUAGUGCUGACCCCGUCGCUGACCCAGAUGCCAGUCCUUACCCCGAGGCCGACCCCGAGGCUGACCCCGAGGCCGACCCUGAGGCUGACCCUGAGGCUGACCCCGAGGCUGACCCCGAGGCUGACCCAAGCUACCCUGGCUACCCUGUGUACAACGCUUACCCUACCCCUUGCUAUCCCAAGACUUAUUACGUCACGAAGUACCAGACACAAGUUCAGCAGGUCCCUGUCUACGAGACCGUCUACAAGCAGCAGUACAUUCCAACCACUCUGUAUCACACCCAGUACCGCACCCAGUACAACACAGUGUACCUGACCGAGUAUGUUCCCAAGUACAUCACCAAGAGCAUUUACAAAACCCAAGUACAGUACAUUACCCAGUACAAAACUCACCACCACACCAAUUACAACACAGCUUACGUUACUCAGACCCAGUUGGUACCCCAGUACAUUACCCAGACCCAGUAUCUUACCCAGUACCAGACCCAGGUAGCGUACCAGCCUGUCUACAGCACUGUCUAUGCGCCCCAGUACGUUACCAAGACUGAUGUGAAGUACCAUACACAAUACCAGACUCAGGUCGUGCCCCAGUACUUCACUAUUACGAAGGCACAUCAUACUUAUAAAACCGUGUGCCCUAAUCCUGGUUACGCUCGUUAAAAAAAAAAAGUUAAAGAGAAAGGUUACUUGACAGACAGCGCCCCCCCCCUCUUUCCAUCUUCAUUUUAAAAAACACGUGUACAGUUCUGUAUUUAUUGACCUCCGUUUUCUAUGCUUAUGUGACUCUUCUGGAAUUCCGUUUUCUACGUCGAAGCGAAUUUCAUUAAUCUCUAUUAGACAUUUUACACCCAUUUUUCUUCUUCUUAUGUAAAUUUGCUAAUUUCUUCUUUAGUUUCCAGAAAAAAACGAUAAUUUUCCCCCCUUCCCUGUACCUUUUCGAUCUUUUUCGCUUUUAAAAUUCAGGAAAUUAUACAACACCUGAACGAUGAAUGGAGUGUCUUACCAAUGGCCGUUCUACUGUAUCUGUAUAUCAUGUAUAAAAAAGAUAGAAAUUUAUGUG